AUGCCUCGCCCGCCGGCAAAAGUGGGCAAGAGCGAUCUUGCAAUUUUGGAAGCUGCAGGGGUCACUCUGGAAGACCUGCAACAUUGGGAGGAUUGCGGGGAAACUGGGUGUGACCGGCGCAACAUUCCGGAAUGGCACAAAAAGCUGCAAGCCGGCACUAGUGGAAAGACCUGGCUUUGCAGCGCCGUUGGGCCGGAUGGCGCAUGGACACUUCAAUGUUGGGUAUGCAAAGCUGCAAAGGUGGAUAGUGCCUGGUCGACAGGGGUGGCAACCAAGUUGCUGGGCAACAUGCAGAGGCAUCACAAGUCUCAUCAGCACCAGGAGGCCUUAGCGAAGUUGGGGCUGGGGGAGUUUGAGCAGGACCUGGAAACAGCCGAAGACUUUCAAAAGGUCAUGAAGUCGAGGAAGGAGACCGGCGCGCUCAGACAGGGAGUUGCAGGAGUGGGGGGGCGCAAGAAGAUCACGCAGAUGCAGUACUGCCUGGGCCGAGCAUUGUUCACGCUGGAUCAGGAGUUCCUGCGCAACGCGCAAGUGAUUGCGAUCAGCGAGGAUGUGCGGCAGCAUAAGGUCCUGAUUCGAUAUGCAGCUUGCGACAGCAAUCUGCAAAUCCGGAGCGGGCUGCUGGGGUAUUUCGAGUUGGGCACGCACAGCGGCAACAUCGGACUUCGCAAGGCUAUGAAGGUUGCCUUGGAGGUCUUCUGUCUGGACUUCGAUGGGGAGGUGGACAGGGGGUUGCUGGAGCACAUUGCAGACAAGGUGGAGUUGUUCACUGCUGACGCUGCCUCGGAUGAGCAACUGGCCCAGGGGCUGUUUGCAAACCUCCGGUUCGUGACGAAGGACCGGGCGCAUGCAUCAACACGUCUCCUGGAGAGGCCCUGGCAAGCAGACAGCGAGCUGAGCAGAAUUGUGGAUCAGCUGGCUCUUGGCCGGUCGGUGGUGCGCCGCAUCCACAACAGCCCGCACUUGAGCACGAUUUUCGCUCAGUACUGCCAGCAGAUGAACGAUGCGCCGCUGACAGGAGCGCGCAUCAAAAACUUGUCUGUGGCCAAACAACGCUUUGCGUCAAUAAGCAAACCUGUUGGCCGGCGCGUGCUUUACCUCGAGGCCCUUCUGAACACAAUUGUGUGGAUUUUAGUGAACAGGGGCCCGUCCACUGAUGAGGGGAAAUUGGCCAUUGAGUUCCUCGAGGUCAUGGGGGAGGAGCAGCUUGUUCUAGCAGGAAUGAUUAGCGAUCUCAGCGACGAGUGCAUGAGGCUGGUUCGCUACUUCGACGGCGACUACGACCUGGCUGGGACUUGCGUCCAACUCAAAUGCUUCAUGGUCCGGAUCCAUUUCCUUGUCAACCAGGGUCGGAUUUUCGACACAGUGGGCUACACGCAGCGCUGCAUCCACCAGCUGCAAAAUGCGCGCGGCUUCAUUGUGUGA